AUGUCCCGAAAUCACAAAAUCGAAUCGUCCGAAAAAUCACGACUUGUUCAUAAGUCAGCUCCUCUCGUGAUCUAUCAACGUCCUUUAAACAUUCGCAUCUCAUUCACCUUUCAAAAAAUCUUUUUGAAUCAUUUCUCUACUACACAAACUACAAAUAUGAAAUCUUAUAUACAAUUAAUUGGUAGUGGAACUUUUGAUGUACCACCUUCAAUAAUGGUACAUUUUGAUGGCCAACAUAAUAGUCAAAGAUAUUUAUUUAAUUGUGGUGAAGGAACUCAAAGGUUUUGCUUACAAAAUAAAUUAAAAGUUUCCAAAUUAAAAAAUGUCUUUUUGACUAGAGUUAACUGGGAUUGUUUCGGUGGACUUCCAGGUAUGCUACUUACAAUUGCCGAUGCAGGUACCAAAGAAAUUAAAUUAUAUGGUGGUCCAAACUUGACACAUGCGAUAACCGCGACUAGAGGUUUUAUUGUAAGAUCAACAAUGUCAGUGGAGACACAUGAAUUUCAAGAAGAUGGAAUGAUAUUCAAGGAUGAUAAUUUGACUAUACAUCCAAUAUUUAUCAAUCCUGAAGAAUCCAAUAAUAGUAUUUCUUCUUCAUCUUCACAAGAAGAUGUUAAUUUACCAUCCAAACGAGCUAAUGAUUUUACUUCUGACAUUGUCGAUAAUUCUUCUUUACAAUUCAAGAAAGGAAUUUUAUCUUUAAUGUUUAAUCAAAGCCAUCGACCUCAUAAUAAUAAAGGUCCAGUGUCAAAAAAACCAAAAACGUAUGAAACGUAUGAAGAAAAUUCUGCAUUAGAUAUUCCAGACGAAGUACAAACUGAUCAAUCUUCAUCUCCUAAGGAUGAUAAAGAUUCCUUGGCUCAACAACGUAGAAAAUUAUUCCCUAAAAGAUUACCGAAAUCAAAUCCUUCACCAAUAUCUAUUGCUUAUGUUUGUAUUGGUCCUGAAUAUAAAGGAAAAUUUGAUCCUGCUGCUGCUAAAGCUCUUGGUUUAAGGCCUGGACCCCAAUAUGCUGACUUAGUUAAGGGGAAAUCUGUGACUGCUCCGGACGGAACAAUCGUUCAUCCAAACCAAGUUUUGGGACCUUCUCGAGCUGGCACGCUUGCCACAUAUCAAACCGAUAAUAAAGAUUUACAGCCUCGAAUCAUAAUUCAUAUGCUUGGUAAUGGUGUUUUGGAAAAUGAGAAAUAUCAAUCAUGGAUGAAAAAAUUUGGCCCAAAUACUGAGCAUGUUAUCAUUAAUGGACAAUACUGUCCGCAAAGAAUAAUAUUUAAUAGUAUUGCAGAAAGUCAAUUUAAAUUGUCCAAGAUUGAUGAAAACCGAUUCCGUAUACCUUAUUAUUCAAAUCAACCUGAAAAGUUAUUAGAUUCAAUAUCUAAUAUUCCAAAGGCUACACAUUUAGCUACCCCAUUAUUGACUUUCCAUAUGGAACCUUCAUUCAAGAUUGAUGCUUCUGAUUUACCAGAAUUAUUUGAUCAUAAUGAUGAAAAUUCAAGAGUAGUAAAGGAAUUAAAUGAAAAUAUCGAAUAUCUUAAUAUUGCAACACAAGUACGAGAAGAAGUUGCUAAAGCAACUCCAAAAGCAACAGACUUCCCCGGGAAUGAUGUUAUUGUUACAACUCUUGGUACCGGUUCAACUCUGCCUGCAAAGUAUAGAAAUGUGAGUUCAACGCUUCUUACUAUACCAAACAAUGGUUGUAUCCUACUCGAUGUUGGAGAGGGUACAUUUGCUGCACUAUUAAGGCUUUUUGGUCCAUUUGGUAAAUCUCGUGGUGAAGGACAAAUUAGUAUAGAAGAAUUCUUUGAUAGUUUGAAAUGCAUUUUUAUAUCGCACAUGCACGCGGAUCAUCACUUAGGUGUAGUGGGAAUUCUAUCAAAAUGGAAUGAGUUAAAAAGAGAUUCAAAUGCUUUUAUUCAUAUUGUUGGACCACCAAAAUUAUGGAAAUGGCUUAGUGAAUAUAGUGAUGUUCAAGAUUUUGGAUUAUCUAGAACAAAGUUUAUAGAUAAUCGUGAUAUUUUAUUUUCACAAAAACAAAAUGCUUCACCUAAAAAAAUUUCAACCAGUCUAAAAUCUUUAAAAGAAUCUAUAAAUCUUAAAAAUUUUGAGGCUAUAGAAGUUAUUCAUUGUCCAUUUGCCUAUGGAAUAUGCAUUGAACAUUUAGAUGGUUGGAAGAUUGUAUAUUCUGGAGAUACGCGUCCAUGUGAUAAUCUUGUAAAUGUAGGGAAAAAUGCUACACUUUUACUUCAUGAAGCAACCUUUGAAAAUGAUUUGCUUGAAGAAGCUUUGAAUAAAAAACAUAGUACGACUGAAGAAGCUUUGAAGUAUACUAACUUACAUAAUAAUCAUUUUUGUAGAAUGAAUGCACAAUCAAUUUUAUUAACUCAUUUUAGUCAAAGGUAUCCAAAAAUACCUGUUUUCACUGAUGAUCACGGUAAAGUUGGAAUUAGUUUUGAUUUUAUGCAAGUGAGCAUUGGUGAAUUAUAUAAAUUACCGAAAUAUGUUAAAGCUCUUAAGGUGUUGUACUGUGAAGAUAGUGAAGAAGCUAAAGAUAAUGAUGAUUGGAUGCAGGAAUAA